AUGCUGUGGACAGUGCUACUAGCGCUGCUGGUACUGGUGCUGCUGCAGACUCAGCUGUCUGUGUGCUUAAGGGAAUUACGCAGUGGGGGUUCCAGCUCCCCUGCCUACUCCUCUUCAUCAUCCUCUCCCUCCUCCAACGCCACCCAGCAGCGGCUGCCCGGAGCUAUUAUUAUUGGCGUGCGGAAAGGCGGCACCAGAGCCCUGCUGGAGAUGCUCAACCUGCACCCAGAUGUGGAAGUGGCAAAGGCCGAGGUACACUACUUCAACGUGGAGGAGCACUACCGCCGAGGCCUGGCCUGGUACCGAGCCCAGAUGCCCUUCACCCUCCCUGAUCAGCUGACAGUGGAGAAGACCCCCGGCUACUUUGCGGCCCCUCAGGUUCCCGCACGUGUCUGGGACAUGAACCCCGCCGUCCGCUUGUUGCUCAUCGUCCGGGAUCCAGCCGAGAGGCUGGUCUCCGACUACACCCAGGUCCUGCACAAUCGCUUGACCCGCCACAAGCCCUACCAGCCGCUAGAGGAGCUCCUGAUCCACAAGGGCCACAUUGACCCUGGGUACAAGGCGCUGCAGAGGAGCCUGUACCACCAGCAUCUGGCCCGCUGGCUGGAGGUCUUCCCCAGGGAGCAGAUCCAUGUGGUGGACGGUGACGCCCUCAUUCGGGAUCCCUUCCCCGAGCUGAGAAAGGCUGAGAGGUUUCUGGACCUGCCGCCCAGGAUAAGCCCCAACAACUUCUACUACAACACCACCAAGGGCUUCUACUGCCUCCUGUCUGCCGGACACGACAAGUGCCUGGACGAGUCUAAAGGCAGGCCGCAUGCCCCGCUGAGCACCCAGGCCUUUAAGAAGCUUUGCCGCUACUUCAGGAAGCCCAACAAGUUGUUCUUUGAAAUGGUGGGGAGGUCGUUUUCCUGGUGCUGA